ACUGCCCCCCAACCCAAGGUGUGGUGCGACCCGUGCCGAGGGGUGCGUGGCACAGGGGAGCUGUGCCUCGAACGGGGCCUCUGGGAUACCGGGCGCCCUCCCAGAGUAUCCAGCCUAGCCUGGGCACGCGGGGCUCUGCCCGGGUGGUCCACACUUUCCUCAGCGUCUCGUGGGAUCAUAAAGAAAAAAUCUGAAAUUAGCUCCAAACGAGCAGAUGCCAAGAAUUCCAGGGGACCUCACUGUGAGGCGACCCGGGAUUCAGAACAGACUAAGCGUGAACUUGGCACGAGGGGACCUCGAGAUGAGGUGACCUCGGGCCUCGUAGGUGAUAAAGACACAGUUGCAGAGGGAGAUUCUUCUAAACUCGCAACAAGGAGGACCUCGACUGCCAUACUUGACACUGGGGAAACCGACCCGUCCAAAAACAGCUCAGAAGGAGCAGUUACAGGAAGGGGCGACAUUGCUGCAGAGGCGGAGAUCUCGAACCUUGCAAAUAAGUGUGCACCAGACAUCCCCGUCACAAAGAGUGCAGAUACGGCUUCAGCAGAGAACUCUGAGAAUAUUUCAGAGGAACGACACGUGGCGAAGGUUCCUGUGAAAGAAGAAAUGGAAACAUCGAGGGGUGAGAAUUCUGAACGGAUGGAAGAACACAAUGAGGGAGAAGAAUGUGAGGCAGCAAGGGAAAGAGUGAUAUCAAAAACUGAACGAAAGAAGCGGAAACUAGAGGAAGCUAACCAAAAGACUGAAAUUAUUAAUGGGGGUGCUAAAAAAUUAAAAACUAGUACUGACGAAGCAGCAGCACCUGUACUGCAAAAACACAGAUUGAAAGAAGUAAAGUCUAGUGACCUUACUCGUACCAGUGCUCCAGUAACUAAAGAGGCCAGCAAAAGCGGAAGUGGUGGUACUGAUCGAGAAGUGGAAGUAAAGGAGGAAAUGUUUGUCUCGAUGAAGCUGGCUGUUGUACUCGAAGGUUUUCCAGACGUCAAGAUGACGGAGGAGCAGGCGGAAGUGGUAGAGACUGUGCUUGUGAAGAGCAUUAACUUGUCUGAACAGGGGGAACCUAUCCAGUUUUCUGCGACAAACUACGAGCAUGGAGGCUUGGUGUUCACUUGUGUGAACAGGGCGACACAUGCGUGGCUUCAAAGUACUGCUCAAAGGAUUGUUCCGUGGCCGGGAGCCAGACUACUGGUUGCUCAGGCGGAGACCACGUUGAAAGGUUCCAGGUUGAUUUUGUGGGUGGACGAGGGAAUGGGGCUGAAUAAGAAAACCUACAAGCAGAUUGUGGAAUUGUUUGAGAAGCAAAAUAAAAAUAUCUCUACUGCCAAGUGGAAAAUCCUCAAGAGAGAGGCGGAGGUAGACAAAAGGAAAAGGGUGACUCUUUGGGUCGAUGACAAAUCUUUUGAGCAUUUGAAGGCAAGGAAUUUCAAAUUAUUCCUCGGCUUAUCACAAGCUAAAUUCAUCCUGAUGUCGGAAUGGAGGAAGCUGAAUACGCAACUGCGUCGUGAACUCAAAUUUGCCGAUAGUGACUCUCGCACUUCAGACCGUCGGGUGUCCCGCACUUCAGACCGUCGCGUGUCCCGCACUUCAGACCGUCGGGUGUCUCGCACUUCAGACCGUCGGGUGUCUUCGGACCGUCAGGAGUCUCGCGCUUCGGACCGUCAGGAGUCUCGCGCUUCGGACCGUCAGGAGUCUCGCGCUUCGGACCGUCAGGAGUCUCGCGCUUCGGACCGUCAGGAGUCUCGCGCUUCGGACCGUCAGGAGUCUCGCGCUUCGGACCGUCAGGAGUCUCGCGCUUCGGACCGUCAGGAGUCUCGCGCUUCGGACCGUCAGGAGUCUCGCGCUUCGGACCGUCAGGAGUCUCGCGCUUCGGACCGUCAGGAGUCUCGCGCUUCGGACCGUCAGGAGUCUCGCGCUUCGGACCGUCAGGAGUCUCGCGCAUCGCACCGUCAGGAGCCUCGCGCAUCGGACCGUCAGGAGUCUCGCGCAUCGGACCGUCAGGAGUCUCGCGCUUCGGACCGUCAGGAGUCUCGCGCUUCGGACCGUCAGGAGUCUCGCGCUUCGGAUCAUCGUGACUCUCGUGCUUCACACCGUCGAGAGCCUCGUGCUUUAGAUGAUCACAAAUCUCGUGCUUUGGACCAUCAGGAACCUCGUGCUUCGGACCAUCGUGAGCCUUGUGCUUCGAGUCAUCGUGAGCAUCAUGUUUUACACCGCCACGAGCCACGUGCUUCGGACCGCCACGAGCCACGUGCUUCGAACCGCCAUGAGCAUCGCGCUUCGGACCGCCACGAGCCUUGCGCUUCGGACCGCCGUGAGCGUCGCACUUUGGACCGCCACGAGGCUCGCGCUUCGGACCGCCACGAGGCUCGCGCUUCGGACCGCCACGAGGCUCGCGCUUCGGACCGCCACGAGGCUCGCGCUUCGGACCGCCACGAGGCUCGCGCUUCGGACCGCCACGAGGCUCGCGCUUCGGACCGCCACGAGGCUCGCGCUUCGGACCGCCACGAGGCUCGCGCUUCGGACCGCCACGAGGCUCGCGCUUCGGACCGCCACGAGGCUCGCGCUUCGGACCGCCACGAGGCUCGCGCUUCGGACCGCCACGAGGCUCGCGCUUCGGACCGCCACGAGGCUCGCGCUUCGGACCGCCACGAGGCUCGCGCUUCGGACCGCCACGAGGCUCGCGCUUCGGACCGCCACGAGGCUCGCGCUUCGGACCGCCACGAGGCUCGCGCUUCGGACCGCCACGAGCCUCGCGCUUCGGACCGCCACGAGGCUCGCGCUUCGGACCGCCACGAGCCUCGCGCUUCGGACCGCCACGAGCCUCGCGCUUCGGACCGCCACGAGCCUCGUGCUUCAGACCGUCCGGACCCUCACACUUCUGUCCGUCGAGAGCCUCUCACUUCUGAUCGUCGGGAGCCUCGCAUUUCAGCCCUCCUGGAGCCCCUAGCGCCAGGCCGUCUGGAGCCUCGCGCCUCUGGCCGCCUGGAGCCCCGUACCACCGACCUACUGGAAUAUCGUGCUUCUGACCUGUGGUCUCAUGCUUCGGACUCUCGGUGGUCUCACGCCUCAGACUUCCUGUGGGCUCCCCCUUCCGACCAUCUGGAGCCCCGCACGUUGGGCCGUCUGGGGUCCCGCACCUUGGCUCAUCUGGAGCCCCGCCCUAAGGACCGUCUGGAGCCCCGCUCUAUGGACCUUCUAAUGCCCUGCUUUUCAGAGCGUUUGGGUCCCCUUGCUGCCCAACGUUUGCAGAUGCGUGCUUCAGACCAGCUGGAGCCCCGCCACGUGGACCGUUUGCUGUCCAGCAGUUCAGACCGUCUCGGCUCCCAUAAUUUACAACGUUUGGAAUCCCGUAUUGCAGACCACACUGAGCCUCGUGCUACAGAUCGUAUGGCGCCCCGUGCGCUCAUCCGUCGGGGAUCGCCUCCUUUGGACAGUGUCAUACCACGCACCUCGUUCCGCAGGUCUCCUGCUUCAGACCGUGUGGCACCCCGUACCUUGUUCCGUCGGGGGUCUCCUGCUGUGGGACAUGUGAAGUCCCCCACUUCAGACAUUCGAAGACGCACUACUUCAGACCGUCUGAAGGCCCACUCUUUGGACCGUCAAAUGGUGUGCUCUUCUGACCGCCAGAUGGCCCGCUCUAUGGACCGUCGGGUGGCCAGGUCUUCAGACCGCCGUGUGGCCAGGUCUUCAGACCGCCGGGUGGCCAGGUCUUCGGACCGCCGGGAAGCCAGGUCUUCGGACCGCCGGGUGGCCAGGUCAUCGGACCGCCGGGUGGCCAGGUCAUCGGACCGCCGGGUGGCCAGGUCAUCGGACCGCCGGGUGGAUAGGUCUUCGGACCGCCGGGUGGGCAGGUCUGCGGACCGCCAGAUGGCCAGGUCUGCGGACCGCCGGGUGGCCAGGUCAUCGGACCGCCGGGUGGCCAGGUCUUCGGACCGCCGGGUGGGCAGGUCUGCGGACCGCCGGGUGGCCAGGUCUGCGGACCGCCGGGUGGCCAGGUCUGCGGACCGCCGGGUGGCCAGGUCUUCGGACCGCCGGGUGGCCAGGUCUUCGGACCGCCGGGUGGCCAGGUCUUCGGACCGCCGGGUGGGCAGGUCUGCGGACCGCCGGGUGGCCAGGUCUGCGGACCGCCGGGUGGCCAGGUCAUCGGACCGCCGGGUGGCCAGGUCUUCGGACCGCCGGGUGGCCAGGUCUUCGGACCGCCGGGUGGCCAGUUCUGCGGAGCGACGGGUGGACCGAUCUUCGGCGGACCGCCGGCUGGCCCGCUCUUCGGCGGACCGCCGGCUGGCCCGCUCUUCGGCGGACCGCCGGCUGGCCCGCUCUUCGGCGGACCGCCGGCUGGCCCGCUCUUCGGCGGACCGCCGGCUGGCCCGCUCUUCGGCGGACCGCCGGCUGGCCCGCUCUUCGGCGGACCGCCGGCUGGCCCGCUCUUCGGCGGACCGCCGGCUGGCCCGCUCUUCGGCGGACCGCCGGCUGGCCCGCUCUUCGGCGGACCGCCGGCUGGCCCGCUCUUCGGCGGACCGCCGGCUGGCCCGCUCUUCGGCGGACCGCCGGCUGGCCCGCUCUUCGGCGGACCGCCGGCUGGCCCGCUCUUCGGCGGACCGCCGGCUGGCCCGCUCUUCGGCGGACCGCCGGCUGGCCCGCUCUUCGGCGGACCGCCGGCUGGCCCGCUCUCAGGCGGACCGCCGGCUGGCCCGCCAUCCUGAUACUGUGGCACCCGGUUCCUUAGUCAAUCAGGGGUCUUCCACUUUGGACCAUCGGGAGCCUUCUGCUUCUUCACGCUGGGAGCCCCACGCUUCAGAAUGUGCACAACCUCAUGAUACAGACCGUUUUGAUCCCCGCGCUUCAGAACGCAUGGUGCCCCGUAGUUCCGACCGUUUUGAUCCCCGUGUUUCUGAAUGCCCGCUGUCGCGCACUUCGGACCGUUUUGAUCCUCGCGCCUCAGAACGCCUACUGGCCCGCACUUCAGACCGUCUCAAGCAGCACUCUUCUGAUCGUCCUGAGCUCCGCACUUCUGCCCAUCAGGAGCUCCGCACGUCUGACCGUCCUGAGCUCCGCACAUCUGACUGUCCUGAGCUCCGCACGUCUGACCGUCGGGAGCCCCGCGGUCCUGACUGUCGGGCCGGCCGUGUUUCUGACCGUCGAGAGCCCGGCACUUCUGACCGUCGGUUGCCUCAAGAGACUGAUUACAGUGCACCAGAUCAAUCUCAGCUUCGUAAGAGAAUGUCUGUAGUUUCCGAUCCCCUUUCACCUAAAAGGACGAGGUAUACAGCUUCGUAUUUGAUGCCAUCUCUUGAUUCCAGGCGCAUGACUCCAAGCCGUGAUAAGUCUGAGAACUCGAGGUUCAAAGAUUCAGAUCAACUAUUAUCCUGUGACUCAAGAUUCAGAGGCUCGGAUGAGCCGCCUAUCCAGGAAUCCAGGUUUAGAGGUUCAGAUCUAUGGAUGAGAAGAUAGAUUUGAGAAUGCAGAUCCUCCAUACCCUCGUCACUCUAGUUUAAGAUCAUCGUGUCCAUAAUGUUUCAGAGAAUUUGACAAUAUACUUUCUCGCAUGUCCGUUUCCCGGAAGGACUAACAUUCAGGUUCAAAUCUCCACUGCAGCUAUCGAUGUCCUUUUAGACUAGAUGGCCAAAUUUUUAUCUCUCGAGGUGUUGAGAUUCUAGCAGUGACAAUUGCUAGAUAUACACUUGAUUUGCAGUUACAGAAGUGGAUUUUGAGUGCAGCAUCUAAAAUUCCAAAUUGUGGGAUAGUGUUGAUUAAUGCUGAAAUAAUUUUAGUGUUAAGUUGCUACGCACUGUGUAAUGCUUGACUUACACUUGCAUUUCCAUGAGCUCCAGUUUUGCCAAUAAUCCUAAAUAUCGCAUGGGAAUAUACUUUGAAUUCAGUUUGUUUAUUUUGUUUAAAUUCUGUUAGAUGUGAGUGCCUGUUGAUGUGUUACUUGUGAACAGGCCUGUCCACUUGCUAUAAAUAGCAAAAGCUUUUAAGCAUGUUAAUAACAUGUUUGUCUCAAGUUUUUCCUGGUACCUUACUAAAGGAGUAAGUUUAAGGAAGUAUUUUGCAGAUUGUAUACAUCGAGUGACAAGAGUUACAUACUGUCCUUAUAAAGAGUGUCAACAUUUAAUAUUGAGUUCAAUGUUACGAGCAUUGUGUAAAGCUAUUUGUUUAAAUGUCCAGACUGUGGUUGCUGUGGGUGUGUGUAUGCAUUUUCUUUAUUUGAACAUUUUUGUCAUUCAGAAUAUGUAUAUCACAAUUUUUUGUGCUGCGUAAAAUUAAAAAAGAUGGUACUGUUUAUGAAUAAACAACAAAUGAGAAA